AUGAGAAGGAAGCUAAGAAAUGGAAAGGUGGCCCGCGCUGGGAUAUGCCCAGGCGCGGGCGAAAUCGCUGGAGCGCUGAGGCAGUCGCGCGCGGCUAAGUCCCCACUGCAAGGGCGGGCUAGCGGCGCGCGCCCGAAAACCGCCGGCGCCGGCGCGCUGAGGCACUCGCGCGCGCCUAAGUCCCCACCACAGGGGCCAGGCUAGCAGGCGCGCGCAACGACCGAGGCGCCCCUGUCGAGCUGAGAGUGGACUCUUCACAACUAUCAAUGAUGUUCUCGCCACACUCCUCCUUGCAAUCGCCCACCCGUCCCUCGAGAGCUUCAAGGUGUCGUUCACCGAUGAACAGCACACGCAACGAACUCUCCCCGACAUUGAUUCGCUUGCCGACCGUAUGCGAGUCCAACUUCGGUCAACGAACAUUCCCAGCACUCAAUCGGCCCUUCUUGCCUCGUCGUCGUCACGUUCUACUCGUCCCAAGUGUCUCGCCUGUCGCAGCCCUUCGCACCGAGUCGCGGAGUGCCCUACGAGGGCGCAACACCCGCCGCCAGGACCCUGUCGCUCCUGCAAGAAGAAGGAUCACUGGUCUCUCGACUGCAAGAAGGCGCUCGAGGACGGCAAAAAGCCCGACACCGCUGACUCGACCGUCGACUCGCAACACCAUGUCGGAUGUCUCGCCACCGGUCUUCUCUGA